CAAUGGCACCUAAGCAGCUCAAUUUCAUUACCGGCAACAAGAACAAACUUGCCGAAGUUCAAGCAAUCCUCGCCCCAACUGGCGUAGACCUCUCAAACCAAUCUGUAGACUUGCUUGAAAUCCAAGGCACAAUUGAGGAAAUUUCCAAAGACAAAUGCCGCAGGGCAGCAGACACGUGGUUUUUGAAGUCGCUCGGCGUCCAGCAAUUCCACAAGCUUCUCGCUGGGUUUGACGACAAGGGUGCCCAGGCUGUGUGCACAUUCGCAUACUCUGAAGGCCCUGGCCACGAGCCCAUCGUUUUUCAGGGAAGAACCAAGGUUGGUUGCCAUAAGACAAGUUCUGCUUACGACAAGCAUGCUGACCAGUACGACAGGNGCAAGAUUGUUGAGGCCCGCGGCCCUACCGAUUUUGGUUGGGAUGCAUGCUUCGAAUACGAGGGCCAGACAUAUGCCGAGAUGCCCAAGGCCGAGAAAAACAAGAUCUCGCACCGCGGAAAGGCUUUGGCCAAACUGACUGAGUGGCUUGACGCACACACGGAG